GCGGAGGGGGAGGAGCGGGACGAGCGCCGCAGCAGAGCCCUGUCAGCGAGCGGCGAGGAUGGCGGCGGAGCUGACGGCCGAGGAAGAGCAGACUGAAGUUUCUGUGUCCACGUGACUCUACCAGGCGCUUUACCUCUCCCUGUAUGGCAUCUUGUUGUUGUUGAUGAGGUCAACCACUGUUGUGUCAUCAGUAAGCUCGAUGGUUUGGCUUGAACUGGAUCUAAUGAUGUCUUGCGUCAGCAGUGUGAACACCAGCAGGCUGAGCAUGCAGCCUUGUUCCGUUUUCAGGCCACCAAACAGUUCCUGGAGGAGAUCAACAAGUGGACGACCCAGCAUGGCAUCUCUCCCCUUUCCUGGAAUGCUGCAGUCAAAUUCCUCAUGGCCAGAAAGUUUGACGUAUACCGAGCCAUUGAGCUCUUCCACUCAUACCGGGAUACAAGGUUGAGAGAGGGUAUCGUAAAGUUGAAACCUCAUGAAGAACCUCUUAGAUCUGAGCUGCUGAGUGGCAAAUUCACUAUCCUGAGCGUACGCGAUCCAUCUGGAGCAUCCAUUGCCCUUUUCACUGCCAAGUUACAUCAACCCAACAAAACUCUGCAGCAUGUGGUCUUGCAAGCCUUGUUCUACCUGCUUGAUCAAGCUAUUGAAAGUUUUGAAACCCAGAGAAAUGGGCUAGUGUUCAUUUACGAUAUGGCUGGCUCGGCAUACACUAAUUUUGAAUACGACCUUAGCAAAAAAAUUCUUCACCUUUUGAAGGGAGCCUUUCCUGCUCGAUUGAAAAAAGUAUUCAUUGUUGGGGCACCUGUCUGGUUUCGAUUCCCAUAUUCCGUUCUAAGCUUAAUUCUUAAAGAAAAGCUUCGGGAAAGAGUGCAAAUGGUGAAGACAUAUGAGCUGAAACUGUACCUCCCCAGGGAUUGCCUGCCUGAGCACUUAGGUGGGACCCUGAAAUUGGACCAUUCCAGCUGGAACAAGCAGUUUUUAAUGUCACCAAAUGGACACACUGACUCGCUGGACGAGCUCAUCGCAGGCUUCCCGAAGGACGAAGUGUCCGUACACGUACCGGGGCUAGAAGGGAUGACGGUGGAAGAACUGCUGGACCAUGUCAACACCGUCCAGAAGAGGGGAAUCUUUGAGGAAUAUGAAGACAUCCGGCGAGAGACCCCUCCAGGCACAUUCAACUGCUCGUUACAGCCAUACAAUCAACAGAAGAACCGAUACGGGGAUGUACUGUGCUUGGACCAAACGAGAGUAAAGUUAAAGUCUCUCAAUCACGAUGAGAGAACAGACUAUAUCAAUGCCAGUUUCAUGGAUGGUUAUAAACAGAAAAAUGCCUACAUUGGCACACAAGGACCAUUAGAAAAGACAUACAAUGACUUUUGGAGAAUGGUAUGGGAACAGCAAGUCCUCGUUAUUGUUAUGACUACAAGAAUUGACGAGAGCGGCAGGAAGAAAUGUGGUCAGUACUGGCCACUGGACCAGAACAAUCAGGGGAACUAUGGACUUAUUUCUGUCAAAAACCUGGAAGUAGAAAACCUUAAACAUUAUAACAAAACAACACUAUCAAUUCAUAAUGUAGAGACCCAUGAGAGACGCCAGGUGAUUCACUUUCAGUACCUGAGCUGGCCAGAUUAUGGCGUCCCAUCUUCAGCAGCUGCUCUCAUCGACUUCCGGUCCGCUGUCCGACAGCAGCAAGGCCACUCUGUCCGCAACCUGGGCAGCAGGUGGAAGGGCCACCCUGGGGGGCCGCCCAUAGUCGUCCACUGUAGUGCUGGCAUUGGAAGAACCGGCACCCUGUGUACUUUGGAUAUAUGCCUUUCUCAGCUAGAUGAUGUGGGCACCCUCAACGUCUACCAAACCGUCCGCCGGAUGCGAACACAACGAGCCUUCAGCAUUCAGACUCCCGACCAGUAUUACUUCUGUUACACAGCCAUCAUCGAGCAUGCUCAGAGGCAGAAGCUGCUGUCAGCCAAUCAUUAACAAGAAAAUCAACUCUCCCCACCCCCCAUGGCCGUCCUUCCUCUGCCCUUCUCUCCUGUGUCGAUCAUAAACCACAUCUGCGCGCAUGCAGAUGGCUUCCUACAAUAGACAACUAGUACAGCUGUAGACAGCCACCUUUUGUGAUCAUACCAGAUCCUAGAUUUAGUACUAGCCUUAAUUACUUGGAUAUGACUUAUUUUACAAAAGUUUUAAUGCCAUCAUUACCAGUAGCUAUCUUCAUGGAGCAUAUAGACUUUUCCUGAAGAAAAUAUGUUACAGUUCAUUUAUUCCAUUAUGUAGCAUUAGAGGUAAAUUCUACGGUACAAAGACAUGAACAGCCAUUGAGAAAGGAAGGCUAUAAUUUCUUCACAGAGACCAAACUUCAAUCCUUAGGCAGCAAGUGGCUCCAGAGAGAAUUCUGUCAUGUGUUGUCUGUGGACCAGACUUUUGAUUUUUCUUUUGAGAAAAACUUGUUUAUGACAUAAGAAGAAGAAAAAAAAAACAAAAAAUAUUACCUCCAGCAUCAUCUGAGGAAUGGCAGCAAGCACUGAACUGUACAUCUGUUACCUUGGGCUGAGAUUCACAUCAGGUUUGCCACAUGGACUCUGCCCUGGAGGCUGUACCCACAUCAACAUCGUUCCUGAAGUGAGCUGUAGAGCUCAACAUUGUCAGCUGAGCUGUGUGUUUGUCACUGAAGUCCGUGCCUGUGAGAUAAGUUUACUCUUUGUGCCUUCUUGUCUGUUACUCCAGCUGCAGCUGUACGUACCAGCAGCCAGAGUAUUGUUCAAAGCUAAACCUUUCUCUCAGGGGCUUUUAUUUACUUUUAUGUCCUUUCGCUCUCUACCCCCUCCCACCCAUGUCCCCUCUCGACCCCCCCCCGUGCCCCUCUCACCCUGCCAUCACCCCCUUCCCCCCCCUCACUUCUCACAUUUAGUUGUUCAUUCCUGCUCUUUUUCCUGUUUUCCUCCAGGCUGUUUUAUCAUUCCUUCUCACUUUUGUUUACUCUUCAUGGUUUUCCCUUUUCUUGAUUUCUCUCUCUCUCUCUCUCUCUCUCUGUCACACACACACUCUCUCUCUGUCACACACUCCCUCCCCCCCUUAUCACCUCUCCUUCCUCCCCCUCAUCCCCGCUCCUCUCCCCCCUCUCUUUCACAUUUCUCUCGCAUUCUCUCUUCCACCCUGCCAUAAUCAGGUCUGCUGUUCCUCCCUGGCCUUUCCUUUCCUGUUCAGUCUUUCUCUCGGGGGUGAGUGUGUGACAGUGACCUCACUGUUGUGGACAUGAUGUGAGGUCCUGCUCCUUCCACGGUGGCAGCAGGAGAGCAGAGGAGGUUGCCAAAGCCUGCUUGAUGCUGUUGGUCUAACACUGGCUCCCCGUACACAGCCAAGCUGAACUUGCCUCCAACUUUAUCCUGAACCGCCUGUGUCAUCGAGACCUUGUGACAUUCUGAAACCCCUUUCAUGUUAAACCAUUGUAAUGUCAUGGUUUACUGCAAUUAUCGUUGCCAUCCAGCAGAACAGGUCCUGAAUUUGAUUAUAAAUCUAAAUCUUUUUUUCCCCUCAUUACUUUCUGCUGCUGCCCCGUUGUAGGAGAGCUAUUGCUACUGCUGGAUUUUACUGUCACCUUGAAUAUUUUACCAGCUCUCAUCAGCCGUGGGCUUGCGUUGCUUUGUAUUUUACUGACUGGCUUGUAGCCGCAAUUUUUGAAACGGAUACCCUAUACGCCGCACACACUGUUCGUCAUCAGCUGAGAGCAAUUGUGCUGCCCCUGAUAUUUGAAGAGAUUGUAUCACCACCAUGAAGGUUGUUACCCAGGAUCAAAGUUCUCAAUGCCAUCAUUUUGCGAAGGAUUUUUUAUUUGCAAAAAGUGAAAGAGCUUCUAUUUACCAUGAGGUACCUUUUUAAGAGAUGAACUGUCAAUACAGUGACCAAAUCUCCAAACAUCUGUUUGAAUUUUGUUGCCUGCAAUUUUGUGUCAUGUUAAACCUCAGUGCAAUUUCUUGUAUUGUGAUGAUUGUUACCUGGUUCCUCUGUUUUAUUUUGGAUGGAGCGGGGUGGUGACAAAGGGCAGGCAGGCAGCCGGGGAGCUGUGGCAAGAGCAAAAGACCCUUGGUCCUCCUCCCCCUCGCUGUUGAGUGGAUGUAGUCCAUCCCGCACAGCGUAGAAACCAGGGAUCACUGUGACUGGUUAUGAAACAGGUGGCUGGAAUGACAGGCCGGCUGUAAACCACGAUAGUUAAAGAAGGUGAUCUGGCUUUAAGCUAACCAGUACUGUACUGUGAACUGGGCUCACGGAAUGCAUCCUGUUCAGAGCCACGUCAUCCCAUGGAUAAUGAUGUCCCAUUUCAAUUAUCUAUCACUUAAGGCAUAGGUUUAUAGCAGGGGUUCCCAACCUGGGAUCCACAGACCCCUCAGUUAAUGGUGGGGGUCCAUGGCGUAAAAAAGGUUGAGAACCCUUGGUAUAAGGUUACCAGAGUACACACUGUAUACCCUGGACUUUGUCUUACGCUCAAGGUAGGAAUUAUCCUUUAGCUUUUGAAGUCAACCCUCCUCCACGAGACUUGAAAUGCUGUUUAAAUUUACUGAUAGAUUUUUUUGUUGGAUUGGGUUUGAGGAGUUAAUGGUCUUUGACUUAAUUUCCUGCAGCAGAGAGGAAUCCUGAUGUUAGUUUUCUGUGCCUCUUUUUUUAAAUAUUAAAUUUCAAAACUUCAGAAGAUGUAAAUUUUUGAGAAUUCCUUCUCUGCUCAAACUCACCUCCGUGGUAACUCACCAUCUUGCAGCCUGUGAGCCCCUGACACCCUUUGUCCACCUUGUCCACCUGCUUUGCCUCUGUACUAGAAGUAGAAAAUCACUUUGGCUUUAUUCCUCCUUCCCUUGGGAAAAUUCAGUACGUCAUCAUUAAUUGAGUUUACUUUGGGAGUCUGAAGGAAUGUUUCUGAGCUCCUCCUCCCUUACAACUCCAAAUAAUACAGGCUAGUGUAUGUAGUCAGUGUUCCUUCAACACUUGGACCCCUGGUAAUACUCCGGUGAAACGGCAUGUGGUUUAUCUUCUCUGAAAUGUGUAGCUGGAAUUGGACCCAGUACUCUAGGCAAACUAUCACAGGGCUUCAUUUAGCUGUAGUGAAACUUCCACCUCUUUUAUAUAAUAACACUUCAGGGCAUACAGGAAGGCAAAAAAAAAGUUUUAAAUGACUGUUUCAUUUUACUGAUGUAUAAUGAAUCCCUAAAUCUGUCUGGACUGUUAAUGUUCUUGCUCAGGGGUGGCAAACCUAAGGCACCCAUGCCCAAGAUGACAAGUGAAAAAUUGUUGUUGGCAUGCGACGUGCAGUGCCAACCCUCAGUUCUUUAAACUCUACUCCUAAUAAAAAGCUACAUAAUGAUUUUCUUUACUGCCAAAUGAAGCAGUGAACUAAUUUUUACAACCUGAGAGUAGUGAGAUGUUUUCACAGGAAAUGUUUCACAACAGCUUGGCACCUGCUAGAUGGUUGUAAGAAUAUAUGACAUUGGAUGAUGAAUUUUGAAAUCCUCGCAGACCUGGUGCACACAUCAGAAUUUCAAUAGUAAAUGGUUGAGCCAAUUGGCAUUGGCUUUACUCUGCUUAUAUUUUUCUUCUGUCAAAUAAACACUGGAUAUUCAGUGAUAAUAACAGGAAAUACUGUAUGUAGUCUAGUGCCUCUAUUAAUAUUUAUUUUCCAAUUGUCUUUUCAAAAGAUUAAUAAUAUUUUGAAUAGAUUUUCUUAAAAUGCUUCAUUUAUUUCAAUCUGUCACUGUAAUGCAUUUAUUAAUAGUAAAACAAAUCAUGUAAAUAAGCAACAGGACUCAUGUUUUUCCUUUAAAAUGACCAUAAUUAGCAUUACUAAUUCAUUAAUUAAUGGUGAUCUCUGCUCAAAAUUACCAUGGCACAAAAGAGAAUUUGGGCACAUGCUUUCACAAGGUUCGCCACCCCUGAUCUAAACUGUUGUAUUGACCAACUUACCAUCCACUUAUUGUACAUGUUAAAUAGUAGUUAUCUGAACAGUAUCUCCUUCAUAUGAAUGGUAUCUUGAUGACCCUGAUCCUAUUUGAUCUUGUUUCUUCUGUACUGAUUUGUUUCAAACAUAUUGGACUAAAGUUAUAUUGUUUUAUAAACCUAUAGCAGGUCGUGUAUUUGCAACAGAAUGGGCACAGUGACCAAAACUUUCUGUGAGGCCCCCUAGUUUCACAUUACACAUUCAAACAAGCUACAAAAGAAAACGUUGGGCUCUCAGCUUCACUUCAAUUCUGAAGUCUAGGAAACUUUUCCAAAUAGUCCUGCCUUUUGAAGUUAUUUUUUUCCUCUAAGAUUGAAAUAUUUUACUCUUGUUUUUGCUCUACACUGAAUCAAAGGAGUCUAAUAAAGAGCAGAGGCCAUUAUUCAGUAGAAUACCCACAGUGCCUUUUAUUGUAUUGUAUUGAAACAAACCAUUUGCUAAACUUGACUCCUAAAAGUUCUGGAAUUAAAUAUAUGUUUAUGUGCUAAGAGAAGUGUUUGGAGUUAUCAAAAUUCUCUGACUGAAGAGUAUAAAUGGGAGUAAUCUCACAGAGAAUAAGGGUAAAUGGUUCUAGCUGAUGGCACCUAUAGGUGCAAUUCCAGCUCAGGCCCGUUAGGGACGGAAUCGACCCACCUGAUCACUUAUUCUUGCUGCCCAUUAUAUCCAACUUAGAUCGUCAGUUUUCGGUUUUAAUCCUGUGCUCCACUCAAUAUCUGGCAAAACAAGUUGAAAUCUGGUGGUUUAAGAAAAAUGUAAACUUAAUUCGUUAAUGUAAAGGUAAAUAGCUCCUCAUGGAGCUGGCAAGGGAGUCUCCUUCCCAUUCGGUUAUUUGCUGCAUUAUUAACAGUUGUUUGACAUCAAUUGAAACAUGUUGAGAAGGUGCUGCUGAUGGGCUAAAUGCUUAAUAUCUCAGAUCUGUCUGUUAAUGGAAUUUAGCCAGAUAUGUGUCAGCUUGUUUGAACUGAAUCCAGCCUCCAUUUCUGAGUGACCUCUCUGUAAACACAGAAGGAGGUGGCUAGACAAGCAAUUAAGAACUUAACGCUUCCCUCAAUGAGCACAAAGAAAAGCUUUGGGGGUGACUAUAAUGGGAGCUGUAUCGUGUGAAGGAUUUUUUUCCCCAUUCACUUUUCAAAGCACGUCACACUUCUGAGCAGUGAGUAAGCACUCUGUGUUAGUGAGAGAUGGCAAGAUCAUACUGGAAUUCAAAGAUUUGGUGGCAGGCGAACUGGUUAAUAUUGGCCCUUUUGUUCAAUAUUAUACCCUAGUCUGUAAGCUGCAGAGCUCCAUGGAGGGUUUACCUCACCUGCCUGGCACACAGCAAUUGCUGCUCCACUACUUUGCAGUGUGUGCGGUCCCGACUUGCUUUCCCGUUUAUCUCUCUCCCCUUAAACGUUCCACUUGGAUCCUGGUACCCCAGUUCAUUUAUAAACCAGCCACCAUCCCAUCAAGCAGAAAGUAACACUCACAUCCAUUAUAUUCAGCUAUUCCUGCUAUGAUGUUAGCCUUCAGCUUCAUUAAUGCCAUGUAGCCCCUGGGCAUGGUUAGCCAAAUGGCCUGUUCCCCUUCUGUUUGUCUCAGUGACAGCCAAUUCCGCUUCCCUGUGAAGAGCUUUCCUCUCCAGAAACCACCUGCAGGUCAGGCUGACUGGGUGCUUACCCCCAGAGCACUGCAUGUUUAUCUGCCCAGACCAUAAUAUUAACACAGAGGAGUAUCUUCUAACCAUCCAACAACGAUCUGUACCUCGGAGCUUCUGUUGAUUGGAUCUGGAGCCACCCCUACCCCAAAUGUGAGGGUAGUCACUGGGUGUCAAAACUGAUGAGAAAGCGCCAGAAAGAAACCCUUUGUUUGAUAUAGAACAUAAGACAUAGGAGCAGAAUUAGGCCAUUCAGCCCAUCAAGUUGCUCUGCCAUUCCAUCGUGGCUGAUUAAUUAUUCCUCUCAACCCCACUCUCCUGCUUUCUCCCCCAUAACCUUUGAUGCCCUUACUAAUCAAGAUCCUAUCAGCCUCCACUUUAAAUAUACCUCAUGAUUUGGCCUCCCAUAGCUGUCUGUGGCAAUAAAUUCCAUCAACCAAUAAACACCACCCUCCAGCUAAAGAAAUUCCUGCUCAUCUCUGUUCCAAAGAUAUCUCUAUUUAUCUUGUGAAGAGGACCCCUUGCAUAAGAUGCACUAACACCCAAGGGAGGGGGGACUCCCUUUUGUUCUUUGGUCUAAGUUUAUGGAUGUUUGUGCAUCUUUGGACGGAUGCAUAUAUGCGUCUGCGAUGGAGUGUGUGUACACGCUCAUCUGUGCAGGGGCGCGUGUGCAAGUCUGCGCCUCUUGGCCAACAUCACACAAAGCAGCUCAGCCAAUCAUCGUCGCCCUGCGGUUUUGUGGGAGCUUGGUGUGAGCAAGUUCCUCCUGCGCCCUGGCACAGCUGCACUAAUUAGAGCCCCAAAGCGUACUUGCUUCAUAGAUUGAUUUUUAAAGUAAUCAUCUUGGUUUAGAAACACGCUGAGAUAGUGAAAGAUGUGCGUGGGUCCUUCUGAAAAGGACAGCGUUGGUCUUCCACAUUUUGGGGUUCACCUGUACUAAAGCUCGGUGGCAGAGUUGCUCUGUAGUGGAGCCCCCAGCCUUUGAGAAUGUGGCGGAAGUUUGAUGUAACUGAGAACGUGAGCAGCCGACCUUCAGUCCUUUAAUUGACGUCAGAGUUUAAUAUAGUGAGUACUUGGUACGAGUACAGAUUAAAGGCCAGUGGAGGUGUAGAAAGGGAGGAUAUUUGGGGACACAAUUGCCCUUGGAGCAAAUCUACACCUUAAUGAAAGAAGUGCUUCCUGAGAUUGCCACAGACUUUAAGGUGACACCUCAUGGUCUGCGUCUGGCUGCCCAUGAUUGUGCCAUUUGUUCAAUGGAGUAGUGUGUUCUGGGCAGUUAGCACCUAGGAUUAGCUGUGACUAAAGGUGGACAGAGUAAUGAUCUACUAGCAACCUGGUAUGAAGAAUGUGCUGAAAUAAUUUUGGGCACCAGGGUUAAAUAUUAACUAUCACCAAGCCAGUAUACUUCAACCAGUCUCUGUACAGAUUUGGGGCUAUGGAUGAUUUAUGUUCUCAUAUCCCACUGGAUCCUGGCUGUCCUGCAAGGUUCUUCAAACUCCAAGUAACAAAAACUAAGCUUCCUGCCACAGUAAUUAAUCUUUCAAACUACAGGGCUGGAUUUUCAAACCAUGAUCUGGGUAAAAAUCUACGGGCCUCUGCAAGGGAUUGGUCAGGAGUGGUGGGGAAGCUGAGAGAGACUGUCACUGUGUGUGGUCUGUAGAGAGACGUCGGAUAGAACCAGACUUGGCCAUGUGAUAGGCUCUCUUCCCCCGUGUCUCUCUGAAAGGCUAAUUGUAUAGAGGCUUUCUCCAUAUCCUUUAAAUUUUACAAGUAAUUAUCCACUUUGACAGUAAAGCUGUUAGAGAUUCUGUUUGGGCCAGUGUUUCUGGGCGGGUAUUCUUUGCUCUGUCAAUCCCCAUUUUAAAAAUGUUCCUUUGCACGUUUAGCAAAUACCACAUUUCUAAUUCACCAACCUCUCCUCGCUCACCCGAUUAAAAUCCCUCAUUACUUAGACUCAUCUAUCAGAUCUUGUAACCUGCUCUGAUCCUACUUGGUGAAGUUUGCUUUAAAGUGUGUGUUAAUGGGUUUUGUCAUACUCCUGCACACUGCUCAAGUAAAUAACUUAUUCAGUGUAGGGGCUGUGGUUGUGGCCCUGAUACUGUUUACUCAUAAGUAUUGCCAUAACUCACUGUUGGUUUGACAGUAAAUAUUUAAAAUAUUGUGACUUAUUAAAGGGGCAUCAGCCUCUUGGGAAUGUAUCUUGCAAGCUAUUGUUCUUGAUGCAAGUGUUAGUGCUUACCACCACUGUAAAUCUGACUCACAGCUUUCCCAGCUGUUGUCCUACAAACAAAAUAGUUCUACCACAUUUUGUGCUUUGUCUGUGCCCUUUAAACUGGAAGCUGAAGGCUCCUUUAGUGAGUUCAGCAGGUUGUUCUCUGAUACUGUGCCGUAAUUGUCCAUAUUCAGGACAAGAGUUUCACAUCUUGCACUAACUCCUGCAGAGUGGCUGAGCAUAGAGUGAGAAUGCAGUAGAGUGUCAGAACACACACAUAACCUGGGUCUAGCAUCUGGCACUGUCUCAGGGACAACCUGCAACAUACAGAGUACUACUUCUCCAAAGCUGCAGUCAAUACCACCUUAAUCUGUGGUGAGCAGAUUGCUUAUUCCCAGAGUUCACAUUUCCUACAAUUCUGUGGCCCAGAUACGUCACAGCUUCAGAUUACUGGGACCACAGAUUUCAGCUCAAAUUGGUACAUGUUCCAAAGUCAUCAGACAUGUUAUGUUCCAGGACGUAGUGACUGAGAUACAAACCCACUUCUAGUUAAAGAAGGCUGCCACACAAUAGGUUAAAGUGCUUUAAAAAUGUUUAUUGUAACUCAACUGACAAAAUUAUGCUUUGUGAAGAUUGUUAUUACAUUACAUAUAUUGUUAAUUCCUGUUCUUUUCCAGUGCUCAAGUAAUGUACUAUUUAUUAUUUUUUUAAGUCAAUAAACCAUUUUAUUUCACUAUA